UAUAUAAUGGCUGAAAGAAACCACACAAUUGUGCCUGACUUCAUUCUUUUGGGGUUCACGUAUCGUAGAGAGCUGCAGCUUCCUCUCUUCAUAUUGUUCUUAGUGAUCUAUAUUAUUACUCUGGUGGGGAAUCUGGGGAUGAUCACAUUAAUCAAGAUGGACUCCAAACUCCACACUCCCAUGUUCUUCUUCCUCAGCAGCUUGUCCUUUGUAGACAUUUGCUAUUCCUCCAAUGUCACACCACGGAUGCUGGCAAAUGUAGUAGCAGACUAUAAAGUCAUUUCCUUUACUGGAUGCUUGAUACAGUGUUUUCUCUUCAUUGCACUGGUGCUCACAGAGUCUUUCAUCCUGGCCAUCAUGGCAUACAAUAGGUACGUAGCUAUCUGUAAUCCAUUGCUGUAUGCAACAAAAAUGUCACGGGAGAUGUGUGUCUGGCUGGUGGCAGUGCCUUCUGCAUACAGUUUCCUAGAUGCCAUGAUACAGACCAUAUUCACCUUCCGCCUGACCUACUGUGGCUCCAAGGUUAUCAAUCACUUUUACUGUGCUGACCCACCUCUCCUGAAGCUUUCCUGCUCUGACACCCAUGUGAAACUCACCCUAAUGUUGAUCUCUGCCAGUUUCAACCUCAUCAGCUCCCUGAUUAUAAUUCUAACCUCCUACAUUUUCAUCUUCUUCACCAUCCUGAAAAUCCGCACUGCUGGGGCGAGGUACAAAGCUUUCUCCACAUGUGGCUCACACCUGACAGCUGUCACCCUCUUCUAUGGUACACUUUUUGUAAUGUACAUCAGGCCACCUUCUAGCCUGUCCCUAGAACGGGGCAAAAUAGUCUCUGUGUUCUAUGUGGUAGUGAUCCCGAUGUUGAAUCCAUUGAUCUACAGCCUAAGGAAUGAAGAGGUCAAGGGUGCCCUGAAGAGAUUAAUACAUAGAAAAGUAUUAUUGCAUUAG